AUAAUUCCGUCUUUGAACACCAAAUUAACUGGUUUAGCCAUUCGAGUUCCCACUUUAAAUGUUGGAAUAGUUGAUUUAACUGUUCGUCUAAAAGAAGAAACAAGUUAUGAAGAUAUUAAAAAGGCUAUGAAAUAUGCUUCCGAAAACGAAUUAAAAGGAAUUCUUGGAUAUACUGAGGAUGAU